CUAGAGGUCACAUAUGAAGGUACGGACCAAGUUCGGGAAGCCAAAAUUGACUUCCUAACGUAGGAGUACGAGAUGUUCAGGAUGAAGGAAGGAGAAAAGAUCGAUGACAUGUUCGAUCGGUUUUCAAAAAUCAUCAACGAUCUUCACGCUCUCAAGAAGACGUACACCAACAGAGAUCUCGUGAGGAAAAUCCUGCGAAGCCUCACACCCGAAUGGAGAUCAAAGGCAGACGCAAUCUAUGAAUCCAUCGGAGUCUCAAAUGUCACCAUCGACGGGCUAAGAGGUAAUCUCAAAACUUAUGAAUCUACUAUCCUAACCCCGUCUUUGGAUGAACAAAAGAAGAAAGGUAUAGCGCUGAAAGCAACCAAGGAGCCCGUGGAAGAUGACACAAGCAAUAAUGACAACGAGUUCGGACUCAUCAUCAAGAAGUUCCACAAAUUCAUGAAGAAAGAAUUUGAAAGAAAAGGAAGAAAGCACGAUGGGCCCCCGAAGUGCUAUGGAUGUGGUGAGAUAGGCCACAUCAAGCCGAGGUGUCCAAAAAGCAAAGGCGGCAAGGACAAACCUGGAUUCAAAAAGCAACGCGCCUACAUCUCUUGGGGAGGCGACUCCGGGGAUGAGUCAACGGAUCAGGAAGAGGAGGAAGCCGCCAACCUUUGCCUCAUGGCGCACGAAGAUCAAACCGACAACAUUCAAGAGGUAUGUACCAUUUCUUCCGACUCUUAUACUUUUGAAGAAAUGCAAAAAGCACUUCAUGAGCUUUAUGAUGAAUUUGUUAGCGCUUCUAAAACCAACAAAUCUUUAAAGAAACGCCUUUCAACUCUUGAAAACGAUUUUGCCAAUUUGGAAAAAGAUAAUGAAAGCAAAUUUCACCCUUUCCAUCACUUUUUGGUAAGAAACGCUAUCAUGGCCGGAGGAAAGUCCAAAAGCAAGGCAUCCAAAAAGAAGACCGCCGCCGAGGCCACAAGCUCUGCGCCUCAACCCUUCCCGUACCUGGACGGAUCCUUCUUGGAGUUCGGGUCGGAAGAAGAACUCACACGCUUCAUCACCUACUUUGCCAAACGCCCCAUCUCUCCGCCAAGAGUGCUGCCCGAGAUGUACCCCCAACAGAAGGGUUACUACGACCUUGACAAUCAACUCACGGAGUCGGGUCUGUGGCCUUUCGUCUCCCGAAGCCGUCAAUCCUUCAAUCCCGCCUACGUUCGGGCCUUCUACUCCAAUCUCCGCCGGGACGGGGACACGAUUCGCAGCAGCAUCAAUGUCGUGGACUUCGAGUUUGAUUUGGCUCUCCUUGCUAGGGUCGCAGGGCUGCUUACCCGCGGUGACGACAUCGCGUCAUACGGAGGCAACGAUUGGAUCCUCAACAACGAGGCCGUCGUCAUUCGUGAGCUCGGGAUCACCAACUUGAUCCGUCACAGCGGCGCACCGACGAUUCACUCGGCCCCACCGGAGAAGCGCCUCCUCCUCUACAUCAUCACCCGGAUUCUUCGCCCUCGGGACAGUAGCCACACCAGUCUCUCCAACGAAGAUCUCAAGGUCGUGCACGCUAUCAUCCAUGGCGCCUCAAUCAAUUGGGCAAAAUACGUCAUGAUUCACAUGACGGAUUGCGCCUCAAUCGCCACCGAAAGAAGCUUGCCAUACGCCUUCCUUGUCAUGGACCUCAUCGUCUCCGCCGACAUCCACAUCGCCGGGCCGGACACGAAGAUGACAAAACUGUGGAUCAUCCAAGACAGCACCUUCCGGAAGAAGUCCGGUGACGAAACAGGCGCUGGACCGAGUCGGGCCCGUGCCCCUGCCCCUGCCCGUGCCCCCGCUCCCGCUCGGGCCUCACUGCAGUCCAUAGCCGAUACCCUGAAUCGGCUAACCGUCACCGUGGAUGGCAUGGGACACUACCUGGAGAGGAUGGACUGCUCGAUUCAACGCCAAGGCCACGACAUGCGGGCAUACUUCCGCGGCAUCAACUACGUCCCGCCGCCCUUUGACAGCACCUUCCUCGGCCAAAACUAUGAAGGCGAGGACGAGGACGACAACUCCUAUGCUCCGUCCUCCUCCCCCGACGAGGCCGACUUUGAGGACGCGGUCGACGGGGAUCCCAUGGACGUCGAAGACGACGAAGAAGACGAAGAAACCGAGGACGAGGACGCCGCUGCCUAGAUUCUUCCUUCUUUCCCUCCUUACUACGAUGUUUUUUAUUAUUUCCAUUCUGUUGUAUUCCGCAUUUUCUCCUUUUAAAUUAAUAAAAGUUUACUUUUAUACUCCAAAGUUCACUUUUAAUUCUUUUUGUUAAUGUCAAAAGGGGGAAGAUAUCAAGGUUAUGCAUAAAUUGAGGGGGAAUUA